CGAGUCUCUUUGAGGAUAAAGUUGUAUUUCUUCUGAAUGCAGGUUUUUAACUACACUCCAGGGGUAUUGAAUCUUUAUUCCGCACACAACCGACACUUUGCAGACAUCACCAAUGCAACCUGACAGGGUGACUAGCCUCAUUCCUCCCGUCACUUUUCACCGCCAUCUUCUCGUUUUCACUUCUCGCAUUUCAGGGCGGCGAAGAGCCUCCAAGGAACGAUACUACCCGGCGAGUUAUGUGGUUUAUUUCUUCUUGCAGCACAUAUAGCACUUUGCAGAAACAACUUUGUGUCAGUGAUACCAGUGCUCUCAGCCGAAAAGGAAAUGGCGAGCUCGAAGGAAACUGGGGGAUGAUCCUGGGUUCAGGGAUGAUAACAUACGGUUCUGGUUGGCAGUUUAUAUGGCGUCUCAUACUAGAAGAGUCCCAAAUUAGCAUCUUGUUCAAUUCGUCCCAAAAGCUUAUGCAUGUUCAUCCUCUAGGAAUCUACCCGGAGGCAUCUGGGGCUCGCGGGGGAGGGGGGAGGGAGAGCAUCCGAGACUUACGUAUGGGGGUUCGCAGUUAGCCUUAUUGGGAUGGCAGCCAGGCAUGCAGUCAUCGAUCGCAGCAGCCUCGGGUUCAGGAACUGCAGACGCAAUGGCCAUGAAGAAAGUGAGGGUAAGGGCGAGAGCUUUGAAUUGAACCAUGGUGGCUAUUUGGGCCUUCUCUCUUCUUUCGAAAUAAAACGAAUUGCGGGGCGGCUUGAGAGAUAUGUGGAGUGGGAUGGACUGUCUAUCGGACUCAAAUCACGGAGGACACAGAAGGUAUUUAUGCUUCCUGCCCGUGCUCCUGAAUAUCUCCAUGGACAAAGAACCAACGCAUCCCUUGGCUGUGCCUCCUAUCAGCAAGCCAACGGCACUUUCGGGACGGUGGGUUUCUCAAAACUUGUUUUUCCCGUUGUCGAAGGAGAAAAGCUCUUUGUCCGUAUUGGGCUGAAUUAAAAGUUGCACAAACUUGUCCCGUGAGGCUUGCAGAAAGUGGUAUUUGCAGAGCCAUCUUAGCACGUCUCAAAUUACCCCUGAAUAUCAAUGUUGUUCUUCCAGUCAAGUGAUUUUUGCUGAAGGACUAUGUACCACGUACACGGGCAACGUUCGACAUUAAGCUCUGAGUAGUUGCCGAAGAGCAUUGAGGUAAGGGUAUUGUCACUGUAUCACAACGAGUCGAGGACACAUGCAUUAUCACAUCGACCGCAUCGAGUUGGUGGAUCGAGCGAACCUGGGAUCGACAAGAGAUCAUCAGAGCAAUGAGC